AUGGAAACGAAACACCUCUUUACUCUCCAAACUCUGUCUUCCGAACCUCCUGCGUCAACUGAGAUUUCAGUUCAGCGGCGCACUUCUUUCUGGAUUUCCAUCUCCACUCUACAGUCUCCUUGGAUCGCCUCUUCAGCUGCUUCCCCUUCGAAACUCCAGAGUCCAGUCUCGCCAUUCUCCUUCAGCUGCUUCAGUCCUGAUUUGAUGAUGCCUCGUUCACGGUUCCCCUUCCGUCGUUCGAAGCUCUUGUCAUCGUUCUCCUUCGUUCAAAGCUCCAGUCACCGUUCUUCAGAUUUGACGUUCUCCUCGGUUCCUUCGUUCGAUCGCUUCUUCAACUCCAUCUCCUUCGAUCUCGCGUCUUCAUCUCCAAUCGUUCGUGCUCGUUCUUCAGGGUGUAACUGCAUAUUGGAGAUCACAAGAAUCUCAUCCUCCUGUAUCAGAGUCAUGCUUUAAGUUCGCUGUAUCAAGAAAAAAAGCUUAACAGACAAGUUCUCUGAUUGUGAAACUUGACGAAAAAUGUGAGCAAUACUCAAUAUAUUUAAUUUCAUGGCCAAGCACUCUUCCCAAAAAUCUAUUUAAGAAACGGGUAUCAAGACAUGAAAGCAAGUGUAGCUUUAUCCUUCAAUAUAUAUCUCUUGGAGCAUAUAACUACAACAGAGAUGUUCACAAGCAUCUCUCUGCAUGUUAUAUGUCUUUGGGAUUUGGUCUUACUUUUUGUUAAUGAUAUCAAAGCUCUUUCUUGUUUA